AAAAACCCCAAAUCGGAACAAAUCUUUCACAGGCAGCAGUUACGUUUCCAGAUUGUGACAAGCAAAAGGCUGAACAUUAGCCUUUUACUAUGAAUCGUGGUGCGUUAGGUUUCUGCUUGGGAUCGUUGUUCCUGGUGUUGUUUUUGGCGUGCAAAACCUCAGCUAAGCACGGAGCGAGCACCAAUGGAACUGGCUCGGGUCUCGUAGAGACAAAGAAAUGUAACAACGUGUACUUCUAUGAAGCCCCCAACAAGAAGAUUGAAAAUCUCCUGCAAGAAAUAAUUGGACGCCUCGUUAAACUACAAGAUGAUAUGAACAUGCUGAAAGGGAAUAAGUCUGUUCAAAACCCAAAGAAGAACUGUGCUGAGCUGUACAAAUCUGGUGAAAAACUCAGUGGUGUUUAUACAAUCGACCCUGAUGGUUCAGGUACCUUUGAUGUGUUCUGUGACCAAACAACAGCCGGUGGGGGGUGGACAGUGUUCCAGAAGAGAUUGGACGGCUCCGUUAAUUUCUACCGCGGCUGGGCCGACUACAAGAAUGGCUUCGGUAACCUGAAUGGCGAGUUUUGGCUGGGACUGGACAAGAUAKACCGCUUGACGAYKACAAAGAACYGACUUCGAGUAGAUCUGGAAGACACGACAGGCAAAACUGCUUACGCCGAGUACGACAUGUUUGCAGUUACGAGCGAGAGGGCUAAGUACCAGCUCAGCAUCGGAACUUACUCAGGGACAGCAGGGGAUUCACUUUCUGGUCAUGGUGGUCAACCCUUCACCACCAAAGAUCAGGAUAAUGACAGCUGGAGCAGUAACUGUGCUGUGGCCAACAAAGGAGCCUGGUGGUACGGUGCCUGUCAUGCUUCCAACCUAAACGGUCUGUAUCAUCAUGGCGCGCACUCAUCAAGUGCUGAUGGCGUCAACUGGUAUCACUGGAAAGGACAUAACUACUCCGCCAAGAGGGCUGAGAUGAAAAUCAGACCAGUGAAUUAGUAUCGGAGCUUUCUUUAUCGUUUCCCCCCUUUGAACGAUAAUCAAUAUUUUGGAGACAGAAAAAAAGAUGACUGGAUGAUUAAAAAUAACAGAGAAAAAGCACAUUCUGUCGUUAUUUUUGUUAAUUCAAUUCUGAUGCAUCAAAUCUGCGAUUUUGACCACCAAAGUCUUCUCCCAACCCCACCCUAACGUAUGAGCCGGCAUUUUUCGACUUUCUUUAGGUAGGAGAAAGGCAACGGAAUCAGCAAAGUCCUACAAGCUCUCCAGCGGUUAUUUAACCGGUAGCAUCUUCUGAUUGGCUCAUUACGGGUUCACUUCCGCACAAACAGCCCGAUGUAAGUCAUAACAGGUGUGGGCCGGUUUGAAGAAUUUCUGUCAAGUUCACAUACUGAAACGAACAGGGGAAAAGGUGAGGGGAAAGUUUGAGGGGAGCGGUAGCAGGAUGGAAAUCUUGGGGCAGAAUAUGGUAAAAUACUUCAAAAACGCUCUGUCCAACGUUUCUAUAGGGAAACAAUUGUAACCAUCUGAGUAUAAUUUUCAUUUCGAGGACGCCUAUGCGAGUUUUAAAUCGUCCCCUUUUCUCAACAAAUGUUGCGAAAUUGAACGCAAUCAGUCUCGUGGCUUGUGCUUGGAAGAAUUCACAAGGGAAACGUAUAGUAUCGAUCAGAAAACUAAAUAACCCUGGAUAGGAAGAAACGGCUAAUACAAAAUAUAACCGGAAGACAAACUAUAUUGGAUGAUUUCUCUCAGUUAUGAAAAUUUCAGUCAAAUUUGGUCAGUUGGAGAAACUCCAACAUAAGGUUGUUAAGGAAUUUGGCAAUUCUAAAAAUAGACAGUUUCGUCGAGAUUUAUUUC